GUUCUUAUGAUCCAGUCUCUGCCGCACUUUCCUUUACUCUUUUGUUUCCCAUCAUGGAUGCAAUAUCGGCCCUCAACAUAGCCCAGAGCGUCGCGCAGUUCGUCGAAUUUGGCUGCUGCAUUAUCUCGAACACAACGCAAAUCUACAAAUCUAUUCAUGGAGCCACUGCAUCACAAAUCGAGACAACUUUCGCUGCCAGACGGCUCCUCGAAUUGAGCGAGAGAAUGCAAUCCUCUCUGCGCGAACAAACUCCUCCCGAACAGCCUUCCCCCCCUCCUAGCGAACCCCAUCCACCUGAACCACCUACCCUCGAUGACUCUACUCUAGCCAGCGAGGUGGAGUCAGGUAAAUGGGAAAUAUACGAGAGACUAAAAGAUGAAUACGAUAUCGAGUCGGCAACAUUUCCAGUCAGAAAGGCAGACUUCGAAAGACAGAUGAGAACAUAUGCUAGAGCUAAGGAAUCUCAUGAGACACUCUGCGAGAUCUGCCGCAAAUGCAUAGUACUAUCCAAUGACUUGCUCGUCAAGUUGAAAGAGCUGAGUGUUCAAGGACCGAAGCAUCGGAAAUUUAAGAGUCUUCUAUUGGCUCUGCGGAGUGUUUGGUCUAGUGAAGCAAUAGGGGAUUUCCAGAAGCGAAUAGAGGCACAUCGACGGGAGCUCAGCGAUCAUUUAUUGGCUGCCACGUGUGAAAAGCUACAGCUUCUCUCAAUUGACAAAAAGGCAAUCCACGACAACGACAGGUUCGAGUCGCUCGAUGCAGGCCAGCGACACAACAUUGACAACAUUACAACUAUUCUUAGCAUUGUCGUCAAGGAAUCGCACGACAAACUCAAAAGCGAACUGGUGGCGCGACUUGAGAAUAUGCAGAAAGAAAGGCUUGCUGAAGAGGAGAAGAAGUACGUUGAACAACAACGUCAACUUGACGAGACCGCCGAUCUUGCUGUGUUGGAUCAUCUCAAUUUCGCCUUGAAGAACGCUCGUCGAGAGGAAAUUCACGACGCACAUAGGACCACAUUCUCUUGGAUAUUCAAAGAUCCCGAGAUCGUGAGGGCACCCGGGGAUGUCGCAGAGAACACCCGGCCGUGGAACAAUUUUGUUGAAUGGUUGAAACGCGGCAAAGAUAUAUAUUGGAUCAAUGGCAAAGCAGGUUCUGGGAAGUCGACUUUGAUGAGAUAUAUCGUUGAAAACGCGGAGACCUUUGAGCAUCUUCGAGAAUGGGCAGAGCCUGCUGAAUUGCGCGUAGCGAGCUUUUAUUUUUGGCACAGUGGUCUGCCGGAGCAAUGCUCACAAUCUGGAUUAUUUCGAUCACUCUUAUACGAGAUCUUGUGCAAGAGACCUGACCUGGUGCGCCACGUCUUUCGAGAUGAAUGGGAGGCUUCUCGUUCUACAAAGUCCAAAGUGGAGCAGAUGAGAAUGCUAGAGCGAGUUCGUUCCUUCAGAAGACUGAAAAUGGCCUUUGCAUAUCUUGUAAGCCUUGCUUCCGAUGAGCUCAAACUUUGUUUCUUUAUAGAUGGACUCGACGAGUACGAAGGCCAGGGCUCUGAGGGUCCAGAGACUAUUAUCAAUGUUUUCAAGAGCAUUCCAAUAUCUCCCAAUCUGAAGAUCUGUCUGUCGAGUCGCCCAUGGGUAGCUUUUGAGAACGCUUUCAACAAAGGGCCAAAUCUGAGAUUGCAGGAUCUGACGUACAGAGAUAUCCGUGUUUAUGUCCGCGACAGGCUCGAGAGUGACCGCCGGAUGCUUCAACUAUCCGAGGCCUACCCUGCUCAAAAGGAAUACUUCGUCAGAGAAAUUCUAUCCAAAGCAAACGGCGUUUUCCUAUGGGUAUCUCUCGUAAUAACGUCCUUGCUCACUGGAUUAACAAACCGGGAUGAUAUUUCGGAUCUUCAAAACAGACUGAAACGCAUUCCACCUGAUUUGGAAGAGUUUUAUGGAUACAUGUUGAAAGGAAUUAGCAAAGACUAUAUUGAAAAGGCUUCUCGAAUUUUCCAAAUCUACAACUCCGCAUCAGAUGUCGACGUGCGACCUACUGUAUUAGAACUCGACCUUGCUGUGACGGCUACAUAUGCAGACUCAAUGACAUCUGAGAGAAAGGUCAUGAGUGAAGAAAAUAUCCAGAAAAGAUGUGAUCGGAUGAUCACGCAGUUGAAAGUAGCUUGCGGAGGCCUGCUCGAGGCACAUGACCACCUGGAUUCCCAUUGGGAAGCUAAAGAGGAUAGCCAGGACCAUUUCGCGCGGCCAGCACCUACUCCCGCGAGCACCGACGCUGAGGAGGAAAUGAAUGAAACCCAUACUCAUAAGAUCAAAGCCGAUGCCAAAGUGUCGUAUCUACAUCGAACCGUUAGCGACUUUUUGAAGAAGGAUUCCACUAGAGCCUAUCUCGAAUCCAACACAUCCAAAUCAGACUCUUUCGAUCCCAACUUGUCCCUCCUGAUGUCUUACUUGAUCAAUCUCAAACAAUCUAUCUGCUCAUUCUACAUCGGCGUGUAUCAAGAAUCGAGCUUGGACUUCCGAGUGUGGCGAGUCACCAACGACUUCUGCCACAUUGCGCAGAAGGUUGACAGCAGCAAGGGUGCUUUUGUUCUUGCACUACUAAACGAGUUUAACGUCGUGGCUCCGCAUUGGUGGCAAAGAAAAACAAUGCUUCACGAAUCCAAGUUUCGAGAUCGGGAUGCUCCUUCAAAAUCCAAACAAUGGCUGGACGGAAUAUUUUUGGUUGCGAUACGGUUCGGUCUUUGCUCCUUUGUUCAGGACUACCUUCAGACAUAUCCCAUACCUCUAGGUCUACCUGGGUAUACGAUAUUGAUGUACGCCCUCGGUCUAUCUCUUGAAGAACCUGAACCGUUCGUUCUCCUCAAGCAACCAGCUUGCCCCCCCAUUGUCGAAAUCCUCCUCCAACGUCGCCAAUGGCCAAACAAAGUUGUGAAGAACGGCUGCCACACGGUGUGGCAGUAUUACCUCAAAGCCUAUCGAACCGAAAGUGCCAAUGUGGUCAACAGCGACAAACAUUACGAGAGAUGGGCUCUCAUUAUCAAAAGUAUGCUGGAGCACGAUGCAGACAUUACGGAUACCGUCAUGGAAGUUGACCCUCCCGUUUUACCUCCAUGGAUCUUUGAAACCAUCCAAGAUUCCGACAAUCCUGCGACCAAAAGGCAUUCCCUUGAAGCCCUGAUCAAUGACUUGGCAGCGAAAACACCCCCAGAUACUGCGGCUCUCCUCCGAGAUGCCUAUCAGAGACGAAAGCAUCUCUCAGCACCGGGGGGAACACCUAGCCCCGCGGGCUCAUCGUCCCCGAGGAAGCGCCCCCACGAGACCUGCAGAGAAAGCAUAACCCCCACCAAGGCAGUCCGCCUCAAAAUUGAUGACGACGGCCGCGAUGAGUCUUCGAUCAGGUCCACCUCAAGAUUACGAGAACGUCUGGGGGAGAUCAAAGGUGCUUCUCCUGGAAAGCGAACGAGAUUUGAUUUGAUUUGAGGUGAUCUUCUCUCCCCAGCGGUCAAGAGAAACUUACCGGAGUUGAAGGUCGGUUAAUAAGCCACUUGAGGAUGACGCUGCUUUUGGAGCCUACUAGCAAUUUGCUCGGUUCGAGAUAAGAUCAUCGUGGAAUCAAAAAGUGAACUAGUGAAUGUCCUUGGGGCGAGUAAUAUGUACGUGGGAUGAUGGAUACAGAGGCUACGCCGGUGGCGGAUGCCAAUCGCCAUCGGGCUGAAGGCUUUGAGAUUUAGCGCGUUGAUGAUAUUCCGAGCUGGAGAAAUGCUACGCAUUAGUACCGCAUAGGCUUCUUUCAGCUGGUAGAGUGUCUUGCUCCUGCCAGGUAUCAUAUGCCUGGAUGCACUAUGCUGUAACGAUGAUUUGUUUCACUGGGAAGCCGGGAGCUCUCUUUCACUGUUACAAACCCCACACGGCAUCAUCUACGGCUUCGGUUGCUUUUCGGGAUUCGACCAG